AUGAUCCUGCUUAAAAAUUUCAUUAACUGCUGAGGAUUGAAGGCCUAUCCUAUAAUAAAAAUGAAUUCAGCAACCAGGUACGUGCAUAGAAACUUCAUUACCAAGUACAAUGAAUUGACAAGAUCAGACGUCUUCUAUUCAAGCUCCACUGCACGAAAGCCAAAGAAAGGCGAUCCCAGCUCACUGAAUAUAGCGGCACUGCCAAUAAUAAAACGAGAGGUGAAAAACAGGCUUUCACGCAAAGAAGUCUGUAGCCUCCAAGACUACGAUUUAGAGACUUAUAUUACUGAGCUAGCUUUAAUAGAUUAUUCCUACUUUAAAGGUAACUUCUAAGCAGCAACCAGCAUUGAAGAACUGAUGGCGGGGAUAAUUGCGUUUAUGAGGAAAGAAACAAAAUUUUGGAUUUUGGACUCUGAGGUGUAUAAUGCGAUAAAAGAGACUGGAGAAUUCAAACCAGAGGAUAAUCAAAAUGGAAAUGGGAACUCAGAUAGCUUGGAGGAUGAUAGAAGUAUCCCGUAUAGUGUUUUAAGAGAGCAUAUUAAUAAAUCGUCAUCAGAAACACUUUUCGCUGCGAAUAGAUAUAUGCGUAUCCCUAGACUUCCGCUUGUUAUAUUCCCUAUGAUUUUCCAGUUCAUUAAAAAAGAUUAUCUCGACAUCCCUGAGCACCUUGCCAAAGUUGGUGACUUUUUCUUACAAAACUUGAUUUAUACCAGUUUAUUAAGAGCCAAACAUCAUUAUAAAAUAGAACUGACUUUCAGAGAAAUAAAUAACGAUGACCCCCCUCAAUCUUCAUGUCUAUUGCAACAAAAAUGCAAUUUUUUAAUAUAAUGCUUUAUAUAAAAAAAAAAAUUUCAUGUCUCUUGCAACAAAUUUUCAAUGUACAUCUUAAUUAAAUAAAUUCUUUAGAUUCAAUUAACUAUUAAAUAAGCUUUAAAAUUAAUUAAUUUACAGGAUUUUGACUAACUCACUAGAGAAAAAUGUAUUAAAUUUUUUUAUAAAAAUGUUUUGUUGUGGUAUGCAUGAAGAUUUUUUCGAAAAAAUUUUUGUUGCAAUAGACAUGAAGAUUGAGCGGGGGGUCAUCGUUAAUUACCAGAAAAACGAAAAAUUUAGAAGAGAAAUCCACAUGAAAAGCGACGUUGUCCACAAGCCCAGCGAUUUCUCAGAAUUGCUGCCAUUAGGACAAGAUACUGUUGAUUUAAUGCUAAAAUUUCGAGAUUUUUGCGAAAAUGAAGGGAUGAAUUUAUCAGCCAUUUUUGAUAGAUACCACGAAAUGAAAACCAAAGAAGAAGAAACUUUAGCGCUGACCUUAAAAUUCUGUAUAGAAGGUUUUACAAAGUUUGUUGAAGGCAGUGGGCCGAUUUUCGAAAGAGUUGUAAAGAUGAGCAAAAGAAAACUUGAUGAUGGGACAGCCUUUUUCCAUUAUGAUAUAGCCAAACCUCCAAUAAUUGAUGAAAACGCAGAAGUAGACGAAAGCUCGUGCGAAGAUUUAAGAGCGUAUUUAUGAAAUAAAAGGAAAAUACCUGGCAUGCUAGAUAUGAAUGCAGCGCUGAAAGGAGAAGAAGGGAUCACUAAAGUGGCAGAACAUCUACUUGAGUUUUAUGAAAGCCCAGAAGAAAAGAAAAAACGAAGCUAUAGGUAUUUUUCUCAAGAAAGAUCUGAAUGAAAUGCAGAGGAUUACGAAAGAUUCUAUAAAGCCGUUGAAAAAUAUAACGCAGAGCCUCUUGCUAACAAGAAAAUUGCUAAAUAUAUGGGAAAGCAUAUUGACCCGAACGGAGAACUUUUUGGGACGGCAAAAAUACUGCAAGGCUCGGCAAAAAACUGCAAGGCCAGUAAAAAAAUGGCAAAGCCAAGCAAAAAAAUGCAAAACUUGCAAAAUUUUUGCAAGUUUUGCAAAAACAUUGACAAAAGCAAAAGCAAUUUAAAAAAAAAAAAGCAAAGCCAUGCAAAAAUUUAAAAAAAAAUGAAAAAUUUCGCAAAGCAGGCAAAACUUUUGCAGGGUGGCAAAAAAGUUGCAAAAAUUGGCAAAAAUCACGAUUAGAAAAUUUAAACAGUAAAAUUUAAUAAUUUAUUGGAAGUGUAGUACAAUGUUAAAUUAUUUAAACAACAUAUAAUAUAGAAAAAGUAGAAAUUAAUUUCGUGAAAUAAAUGCUAAAGUUUAAUACAAAUAUCUUUUUUAAAGAAUUUUCUAAAAGCAUGACUUAAAAAUUUUAAAAAUUUGGAAAAUUUAAUUUUGGCAAAAUUUUAAAAUGAGAUACAACAAAGUGUUUUGCCAAAAUUAAAUUUUCCAAAUUUUUAAAAUUCUUAAGUUAUGUUUUUGGAAAAUUCUUUAAAAGAUAUUUGUAUUAGACUUUAGCAUUUAUUUCACGAAAUUAAUUUCUACUUUUUUCUAUAUUAUAUGUUGUUUAAAUAAUUUAACAUUGUACUACACUUCCAAUAAAUUAUUAAAUUUUACUGUUAAUUUUCUAAUCGUGAUUUUUGCCAAUUUUUGCAACUUUUUUGCCACCCUGCAAAAGUUUUGCCUGCUUUGCGAAAUUUUUCAUUUUUUUUUAAAUUUUUGCAUGGCUUUGCUUUUUUUUUUUUUAAAUUGCUUUUGCUUUUGUCCAAUGUUUUUGCAAAACUUGCAAAAAUUUUGCAAGUUUUGCAUUUUUUUGCUUGGCUUUGCCAUUUUUUUUACUGGCCUUGCAGUUUUUUGCCGAGCCUUGCAGUAUUUUUGCCGUCCCAAAAAGUUCUCCGACCCGAACCAUGUCAGAUAUGAACGUCAACAAUAUAAUAAAAAAUUGAAGCUGAUGAACUCCAACCCAGAAAGCCCUGCUGAGUCGCUUAAAAAUUAA